AUGUUCAUGAUUCACUUACUAUACGUUUCUACCGAGAGAUAUUGUGUUUAUUCUAGGAACUGUGCCAGGCCUUUUCGGUAUUUUUCACGCUUAGCCCACCACUGUCUAGGUCUCUAUCGACUACCUAUAUCAAAAUCGAGGGCUCUGCUCAUAAAUUGCAAUACUAGUGCUUCAGCACUUCCCGGAUUCAGUCUGCAACGUUCUAUUUACUCUUUUCGUCUUAUUCACAACUACCGCUAUUUCCUGAAACAGAGAUUUGCAUUUAAGGUUGACUUGAGAAUCCUUAUUAAGACGCUAUAUAUGCCACGACUAACCUGA